CAGCGCAGCUCAUCUGACACAUGCGCGUUGUGUAUGAGUGAGGCUGGUGGUGGUGCUGGGCUAUUGGCAGCUCAGUGUCUCAGGGAUACGGGCGUCAGAUCUGCCAUUCGGGGCCUGUCCCGGAGCCAGCGCAAGGAUGCCGAUAAACAAGGGAGAUAGACCAGAAUCUUGUGAUAACGUGAAAGUCGUGGUACGAUGUCGUCCUUUAAACGAGCGAGAGAAGGCAAUGAGCAGCAGGAUGGCUGUCAAUGUGGACGAAAUAAGAGGGACUAUUGCUGUUCACAAAGUGGACUCUAUGAAUGAGCCUCCGAAGACAUUUACAUUUGACACUGUGUUUGGACCAGACAGUAAACAACUGGAUGUCUACAAUUUGACAGCAAGGCCUAUUAUUGAUUCUGUGCUGGAAGGCUAUAAUGGUACUAUAUUCGCUUAUGGACAGACGGGUACAGGCAAAACAUUUACGAUGGAGGGAGUCCGAGCUGUUCCUGAGCUCAGAGGGAUCAUCCCUAAUUCAUUUGCUCAUGUUUUUGGACAUAUUGCUAAAGCAGAAGGAGAUACGCGGUUUCUGGUCAGAGUGUCCUACUUGGAAAUUUAUAAUGAAGAAGUUCGGGAUUUACUUGGAAAAGAUCAAACACAGAGACUAGAGGUUAAAGAGAGACCUGAUGUGGGAGUUUACAUUAAGGACCUGUCUGGAUAUGUUGUAAACAAUGCAGAUGAUAUGGAUCGCAUCAUGACCCUGGGACACAAGAAUCGUUCUGUUGGUGCCACAAACAUGAAUGAGCACAGCUCUCGCUCUCAUGCCAUCUUCACCAUCACUAUAGAGUGCAGUGAGAAAGGGGCUGACGGGAACAUCCACGUGCGAAUGGGGAAGCUGCAUCUUGUAGACCUUGCGGGCUCGGAAAGGCAAGGAAAGACGGGAGCAACUGGACAAAGGCUGAAAGAAGCUACAAAAAUUAAUCUGUCGCUUUCCACGCUGGGUAAUGUCAUCUCUGCUCUGGUCGAUGGAAAAAGCACGCACGUGCCAUACAGGAACUCCAAACUAACCAGGUUGUUGCAAGAUUCACUGGGUGGCAAUUCCAAGACAAUGAUGUGUGCAAACAUCGGACCAGCAGAUUACAACUAUGAUGAAACAAUCAGCACUCUCCGAUAUGCAAAUAGAGCUAAAAAUAUAAAGAAUAAAGCCAGAAUCAAUGAAGACCCCAAAGAUGCCCUUUUACGCCAAUUUCAAAAGGAAAUUGAAGACCUUAAAAAGAAACUUGAUGAAGGGGAGGAAAUAUCUGGCUCAGAUGACAGUGGCUCAGAGGAUGAUGAUGAUGAAGAUGGAGAAAUUGGAGAGGACGGAGAAAAGAAGAAAAGACGAAGAGGCAGUAGCAGCAGUAGCAACUCAGACACCACAGUGAUAGAGAGACCAGUGGAUAAAUCCUUACCUAGCAAGAAGAAGGUAUCGCCAGAUAAAAUGGCGGAGAUGCAAGCACGGAUUGACGAGGAAAGGAAGGCUCUAGAAGCAAAGCUGGAUAUGGAAGAGGAAGAGAGGAAUAAAGCCAGAGCAGAGCUGGAGAGGAGAGAGAAAGACCUUCUUAAAGCCCAACAAGAACAUCAGUCCCUGCUUGAGAAACUGUCUGCUUUGGAGAAGAAAGUCAUUGUUGGUGGGGUGGAUUUACUGGCCAAGGCAGAGGAACAAGAGAAACUUUUGGAAGAAUCAAAUCAUGAGCUGGAAGAGCGCAGAAAACGUGCGGAGAAACUUCGUAGAGAGCUACUGGAAAAGGAGCAAGAGCGGUUGGAUAUUGAGGAGAAGUACACCAGUUUACAGGAGGAAGCACAGGGUAAAACCAAAAAGCUGAAGAAAGUUUGGACCAUGCUAAUGGCGGCAAAGUCUGAGAUGGCUGACCUGCAACAAGAACACCAAAGGGAAAUAGAGGGGUUAUUGGAGAAUAUCAGACAACUGAGUCGGGAACUUCGACUUCAAAUGAUCAUCAUCGAUAGCUUUAUUCCUCAAGAAUAUCAGGACAUGAUUGAAAAUUAUGUCCACUGGAACGAAGAUAUUGGUGAAUGGCAACUGAAAUGUGUAGCCUACACUGGAAACAAUAUGAGAAAGCAAACUCCUGUACCGGACAAGAAAGAAAAGGACCCUUUUGAAGUGGACUUGUCCCAUGUGUACUUGGCUUAUACUGAGGAGAGUCUACGUCAGUCCUUAAUGAAGUUAGAGAGACCAAGGACAUCUAAAGGAAAAUCAAGACCCAAAACUGGUAGAAGGAAGCGUUCAGCGAAACCAGAAGCCGUAAUUGAUUCAUUACUGCAGUAGAGGUUUACUAUAUUGGACUGUGAAAAGCUUUCUGUGUUGGUGUAAUAAAAGUCUAAAACUGAAUUGUUUACUGCAAUGUAAAACGGUUUAUGGCCGAUUUUCAAGACGAACCAUUUUAAAUCUGUGUAGGAUGUUUUAUGUUUUGCUGAAAGACGGUUGCACCUUUGAUAUACUUGUCUUGCUAUGGUAUCGUGGAAUGUCUCACUCUCAUAAUAAGUGCUUAAUGGCUUUUAAAGUUUCAUUUGCCAACAGCUGACUUUUUCAUCCUUUAUCCUACCAGCUACAAGUAAUAUUUAAAAUAUAAUUCCAUUUUAAUCAAGCUCUACUGUAUUCUGCUAUGUGCAAUCCUGUUAUAAACAUGCACCGGCUGUACAUCGAGCACAUUGGGACAAAUACUUGGAGCUCAGUUUGUGAAACUCUGAUCUACACCUAAUAGUAAUCUCUUGAAGCCCAGACCUUGUUAUGUAAAGUAGGGGUAGACCAACUGUGAGAUUCCAGCCAUUGUGACAUUCCCAGAAAGUUACUUCCUAUGGCUACAAGUUUAUUAGCAUCAACGUUUCCUGUUCUCUUCCUAAUACUGUAUAUUGUACGUUAAUUGACACAUUGUUGUGUAUGUGGGUUUGUAGAUUUUUUUUUUUUAUCCUGAUAAUGUUACUAAAAUCACAUUUAAAUGCAAAUCUAGAAUCUUCCCUAAAAUCUGUUCAGAAAAGUACGUUUUUAGUAUAGUAAAAUAUUUGUCACUUUGCACAGUGAUAAAGUGAUUUGUGGUUUUCUUUCAAAUUGUUUUAUUAAGAAGAACAUGUGACCUAAUUGUUCUAUUUCUUCUGUUAUUACCAUUUCUGUUUCUGUUACUUGACAACAAAUCUUCAUGCUUAAAAUGUCCCUAACUGUCGCACAACCCUCUCCCUAAUAAUAUCACCCUGGCCCACCCCUUGUAACGUCAGUCACAAAUCCAUCUGGACCUUGCUAUUGUGUGUCCUAUGUUUUUACAUGAUAACUAAUAACAUAGAUGACUUUGCACAUUGUAGAACAGUGGUUCUUAAACUUUUUAAGUUGAGCUUAAAAAGUUUUUCAAGGAGCAACGUUGUGUUAUCAGCCUUCAUUGUAUAAUGUCCUCUUGUAUAAAUCAAAGAGGCAUAUUUACUAAUUGGCAGUUUUGCCUACUGGAUUUAAAACGGCAAUAAUAUUAUAUGCAAAACCAGGUGUGUUUAUAGUUCAUAUUACAGGUUGAGUAUCCCAUAUCCAAAUAUUCCGAAAUACGGAAUAUUCCGAAAUACGGACUUUUUUGAGUGAGAGUGAGAUAGUGAAACCUUUGUUUUUUGAUGGCUCAAUGUACACAAACUUUGUUUAAUACACAAAGUUAUUAAUAAUAUUGUAUUAAAUGACCUUCAGGCUGUGUAUAUAAGGUGUAUAUGAAACAUAAAUGAAUUGUGUGAAUGUAGACACACUUUGUUUAAUGCACAAAGUUAUAAAAAAUAUUGGCUAAAAUUACUUUCAGGCUGUGUGUAUAAGGUGUAUAUGUAACAUAAAUGCAUUCUGUGCUUAGAUUUAGGUCCCAUCACCAUGAUAUCUCAUUAUGGUAUCUAAUUAUUCCAAAAUACGGAAAAAUCCGAUAUCCAAAAUACCUCUGGUCCCAAGCAUUUUGGAUAAGGGAUAGUCAACCUGUAUUGCCAUUUUAAAUUCUGCAGACAAAACUGACACUAGUAGUUGCGGCUCUGAAAAGACGCCGUUUAGUAAAUAUACCCCAAAGAGCCACCUGUAUACAUUCAAGUUACCCAUGUGUUCAUAGCAGUACUCCUUUCAGGCAACGAUGAUAAAAAUAUUAUUUUGGUACAAUUGAUCACUUUACUGUAUUACUUAAACAGUUAUACAAAGUACGUCUUCACUAAAAUGACCCCAUACUUCUAUCUGACUCAACUGCUCAGUAUAAACCACUGAAUUAAAGCAUGUACUUAAAUGAUUAUAUCACCAAUAAAAUGUUAUUUUACACUUGCAUUAUAGAUAACACAAUAGAAUCCUCAAUAUCCUUACACAUUAUAUUUAUUUAAUGUAUAUUUGUGUGUAUACUUUAUGCCCUGAUGUACAGUUUUUUUAAUUGUAUUUUUAUGUUUGUGAAUAUAGCUUAAAACAAAUAGUGGACUGUGUGUUUGGUUUGUUUUGUCUUGUAACAUUUACAUUUCACAAAUAAUGUCUUAGCUUACUGAUUGUAAAGGGAAUGGUUUAUAAGAAUUCAUGUAGCUCAGGAUUUUAGUGAUGUGUAUUCAAAAUGUUAUUUGACUGUAUUGUUGCCUGCCCGAGGAUCUGGGAAAGGGACCCAACUACACUUGUUAUAGUUAAAAAAAAAAAAAAAAAAAAAUUCAAAUAGGAGUGUAAAGCCCCGUACACACAGGGAGAUCUCCCCAGAGAUUUGUGCUGAGCGAUCUAGCACCAACGCACAGCACACAUCUCUCCCCCGCUCAGCACAGCGCAAUGUGUGCUGAGUGAGGGGGGUGGGGGUGCUCACUUCACCCAGCGGUGAAAUGAGCGAUGUGCUAGAUUGUGCCUGCAUGCAGGCCAAUCUAGCACCGACGAUAGCGACACACGGAGCCGGGCAACGCUAUCACUGUGGGGCAUACACACGGAGAGAUCCGUGCUUAACUUCUAAGCAAUCUCCUUAACAUAUCUGCCUUUCACUUUAUCAGGUCUGUAGUUUUCACAGUGUUCAUUGUUUCCUGCAACUUGAACCACUUGUGUCCUGGAAAGAGAUCCAGCAUUUCAUGUGCAGAUGUAGCAGAUACAGAGACUGAGCUUAUUACUAAAGCCAGCUAGCCUGGAGCCAAUAUUUCAUAGGACAUGGUGUACUUUGCUUUCAAAUAGCUUCAUUCAUUCAGAGCUAGGGAAGUCAUGCCCAUUGUGCCAUACCUAAACGCAACUAUGUAGCAUGCAGUCUUCAAUAUUUGGAUACUAGUGGUAAGCUUUCUUUUGCACUUCUAGAGUAGAGAUUGGUUGAAAUCCAUCCAUACUGGAUGCGGUCAAGAUCCUGCCGGACGGAAUACCGACACCGGGAUCCCGACCGGCACAAUCCCGACAUAUUCUCCCUCUGUGGGUGUCCACGACACCCAUAGAGGGAGAAUAAAUUAGUGUGCCGAGCGCAGCAAGCCCGCAAGGGGCUGCGUUGCACUCGCCCCCCUGUGGGGAUUGUGCCGGUCGGGAUCCUGGUGUCAGUAUUUUGACCGCUGGGAUUCCAUCCGGUGGGAUCUAGUACUGAUCCCAUCCAUACAUUGUAGCUCAAGGAGGAUUAUCACUAUAACCAAAUUUCAGAUUUUGUGCUACAGCCUUAUUAUUUGGUAAGGGGGCUGUAACCGUUAUGUGAUUUACUAUUACUGCUACAGUAUGUGGCGACACUCCUGGCAGCAUGGUCCAUCCAAAACCGUUUCCUGUGUGAGUCUGACUCUAUUUAAAAUAAACUCUACAUGUAUUGUAAAA